AUGCCGUUGUUUUAUUACAGUUGUUGAGUUGAUGCGCGCAUUGUUUUUUUUUCUGGAUAUAUCAUCACCAAAAACGUAUAUCUUUGUCGAUAAUUUAUUUCCGAAUUUCUAUUAAUCCAUGUGCUUUUGAAUAAAUUGCUUCAUAAUAAUUAAUCGAUUGAUCGAUAUAUUUUUCAUCCUCAAUCCUUUUAUUCGACCUAAUAAAUUUUGAUCAAUUGACGAUUUUGUACGAUUCCUUAACUAUUUUCUUUAAGUAAUUUAAAAAAACGCCACAAUGGAUAUUGUAAAAUUAGCCGAGAUUUUCAAAGGUACUCUUGAUGGCAAUUAUAAUCAAGCAGAAAAACAACUUGAUGAGAUUCAUAAAAUCAUCGGUUUCUUACCAACCGUACUUCAAAUUGUUAUGGAAUCAAACAUUGAAUUGCCGGUCAGACAAGCAGCCGUUAUUUAUUUCAAAAAUGAAGUUUUCAAUUAUUGGCAAGAGAAAGAGACGAAAAAUAAUCAUGUGCCAUUCAGCAUACACGAACAAGAUCGGGCUUUAAUUCGUAAUUCAAUCAUCGAUGCUUUGGUACUUUCUACUGAUGUCAUUCGAAAUAGUUUAGCAAUGGCCCUCAAUUAUAUCAUAAAAUAUGAUUUUCCAGAAAAAUUGGUUGUCACCGAUAAAAUUGUUCUCUAUUUACAGAUGCCUGAUCCAAACAAAUGGAUGGGAGCGUUAAUUGUUUUGCUAGAAUUAGCAAAAAAUUAUGAAUACAAAACUAAUAUUAAUAAGGCACCAUUGUUGGAUGUUAUGAAAAUUCUAGGUCCAAUCCUUUACAAAAUGAUGAUGGAAAUUCUUCCAGAUAAUUCAGAACACAUGGUGUUGAUGCAAAAAACGAUAUUAAAAAUUAUUUUCAUAAUUACUCAAUAUUCAUUACCAUUAACUCUCUUUACUGAAGAAUUUUUUACAAAAUGGAUGGAAAUCAUUCGACAAGUUUUGGAUCGUCCAGUGCCUGCAGAAGUUAACAAUUACGAUAUCGAAGAACGUUAUGAAUUACCAUGGUAUAAGGCUAAAAAAUGGGCAUUGCAUAUUGUUGUUAGAAUAUUCGAACGUUAUGGCCCUUCAAAAAGUCAAAGUAAAGAAUACAAACAUUUUGGUAGCUGGUAUAUGGAAACAUUUUCCAUGGGAAUGAUUCAGGUGAUAUUAAAAUUAUUAGAUCAAUACAAUCAGAAAAUGUAUCUACCACAACGAGUUUUACAACAAUGCAUCAAUUAUUUAAAUACAUGUGUGGAACAUCUUUUCACUUGGAAAUUAUUGAAAACAAAUAUUUCUCAAAUAAUUGAAAAAGUCAUUUUUCCAUUGCUGUGUUAUACGGAUGAAGAUGAUGAACUUUGGCAAACUGAUCCAGCCGAAUACGUAAGAAAGAAAUUUGAUUUUUUUGAAGAUUAUGUUUCACCGGUCAGUGCUGCUCAACAAUUUUUAUGUACUUGUUGUAAGAAACGUAAAGAUAUGCUCAAAAAUACUAUCGGGUUUGCCAUUCAAAUUUUGAGUUCGAAUGUUAGCACUUCACAACAAAAAGACGGUGCUUUACAUAUGCUUGGAUCAGUUUCGGAUAUAAUGUUGAAGAAAAAAAUGUAUCAUCAACAAAUUAACAAUAUGCUUGCUUAUCAUAUAUUUCCUUUUUUCAAUUCUGAUCAUCCAUUCUUGAGAGCAAGAGCUGCAUGGAUUUUACAUUUCUUCGAAGAUUUCGAAUUUGACAAUGAUCAGACAUUGGCUCAAGCGGUAAAUUGUUUACAGUUUGCUUUGCUUCAUGAUGGACAACUUCCAGUCAAAGUGCAAGCAGCAAUUUCACUUCAAAUUUUAAUUGUCAACCAAGAAAAGACUAGGCCAUUGAUAGCAACGAAUUUAGAUGCGAUCAUUAUAGAAUGUUUAAAUAUUGUGAAAAUUUCCCAAAACGAUGACGUAUCGAAUGGUCUUCAAAGAUUGAUUUGUGCUUAUGGUGAAAAAAUUUUACCCAUUGCGGCCAAAAUAGUAACUAGUUUAGUGGAAAUUUUAGAAACCAUAUUGAAAACUAAUGAUGAAGUUAAUGAUACUACAAUAACAAUAAUGGGAUCGUUGAACACAAUCGACACUGUACUCAUGUUAAUCGAUGAUCAAGAAACUUUAAGCAUCAUCGAACCAAUGGCAAUGAAAAGCGUUCUUUUGGUGUUGAAUGAAAAUCUAAAAGAACUAUAUGAAGAAUGUUUCAACAUUGUAACUACAUUGACAGAUAAACAUAUUUCGAAUGAUAUGUGGAAAAUUUAUGGAUAUAUCUUUCAAAUAUCAACCAAAGAUGAUGGAGUCGAUUAUUUUGCUGAUAUGUUACCUGCAUUACAUAAUUUUUUAACCGUUGAUCCUGAUGCAUUUAUCAGUGAUCAGAAUAGGAUCGUUGCAUUAUUUGAAAUUUGUAAAUUCAUUCUUAAUUACGAUUGCAUCGAUGAUAUUCACUGUAAUGCAGUUAAAAUGAUUGAAGUUUUCUUAUUACAAUUCCGCGAAAAAGUUGCCAAUAUUAUUCCAUCAUUUUGUGAAAUUGUGAUGGAUCGAUAUUUUCAUUUGGAUGAUGAUCUCAAAUCGACCGAACUAAAAACACUUUGUCUACAAAUUUUAUUGGUCGUAUUGUACAUAGAUGGUGGUUUAUUUUUUCAGGUUAUCGAAAAAUUACAGCAAAAAUAUCCGAAUAAAAAUAUUUUAGAUCAUAUCCUUGAAGAUUGGCUUUUGGAUUUGAAAUCAUUCAUUGGUUUACAUGAUCGUAAAGUAUGCAUAUUAGCAUUAUGCAAAUUAUUUACAUUGCCUACGAAUAUGAUGCCACCUAAAGUUCGUGAAUUGGCUCCAAAAUUUUCACCCGAAUUAUUAAAAUUAUUUGAUAAUUUGAAAGAAGCAUAUAAAGCCAAAGCAAUUGCCGAUGCUGUAAGCACCGAUACCGAUAGUGAAUAUACAAAUUCUUCUGAUGAAGAAGAUGCCACUGAAGAUGAUUUGAACAAUACAAAAGUGGAUGACAUGGAUGAUGGUGAAUAUUUGGAAGACGAAGAUGAUGAUGAUAGCGAUAUUAUCGAUGAUGAUAAUGAAAAUGAAUUGACAGAGUUGGAAAAUUUCGAAACAACCCUUGACAAAGAAUAUUCACAUGACGAUGAAUACAUAUUGUUCAGAAAAACGAUGGAAUUUUUAAAACAUCAAGAUGCUAAUUUAUAUAAUCUACUUUUUGGUAAUUUAACUCCACAACAAAUCAGCACGUUGGAGGAUGUAUUCGUUCUUGCUCAACGUCGCCAGGAUGCCGCUGAAUCGCGGAAGAUUGAACAAGGCGGUGGCUAUGUCUUUUCCGAACAAACUAUACCAACAACUUUUAAUUUUGGUGGAAAUUUUGCCAUCAAUCAAAAUUAGCUCUGUUUUAUUUUUUUUUAGAUUCAUUGAUUCAAAUAUAAAAAAUUCUAAAAUCAA